UAUAAAGCAAGAGUCCAUUCUCUGUUUUAGGACAUCAAGAGAGCAAACUGGGACAAUACCUGUACCCAACAAGACUUGAACUAUUUUAGAAAGCAGCUCUAUUAUAAACAGCGCAGCUCCUCGGCUCCCUGAUCCUCCAUUAUUCUCAGGUUGUGCAGAGGCUAGAAAGAAAAGGUGUCAUCAUGGCGCUAAUGAUUCUGCCGUUGAUUGGAUCACUGUCAGUAUCUGAGGGCAUUUUGGUUUUGCUGGUGUUGUGUCUGGGCUACAUGAUCCUCAAGCGUUUCUCCAAGAAGAUUCCUGAGGGUCUGCAGCGACUCCCUGGUCCAAACCCCCUGCCUGUCAUUGGGAAUGCGCUGGAGUUGGGCAACGAUCCCCACCUAAGUCUCACCUCUAUGGGCAAGCGCUAUGGGGAUGUCUUCCAAAUCCGGAUUGGCAUGCGUCCCGUGGUCAUUCUGAGUGGGUCUGAAACCAUCCGACAGGCACUCCUCAAACAAGGUGAUGAGUUUUCCAGUCGACCUGAUCUGCACAGCUUCAGCUACAUUACUGACGGCAAGAGUCUGGCCUUCAGUACGGACCAGGUUGGUGUCUGGCGUGCCAGAAGAAAGCUGGCCUACAGUGCCCUUCGCUCUUUCUCCAACCUGAAAGGCACGACCCCAGAGUACUCCUGCAUGUUGGAGGAGCACAUCUGCAAAGAGGCCGAGACGCUGAUCAGUGAGAUCAACACAGUCAUGAAGACAGAGGGCAGCUUCGACCCCUUCCGCUACAUCGUCGUCUCUGUCGCCAACGUGAUCUGUGGCAUGUGCUUCGGCCGGCGUUACAACCACGAUGACGAGGAGCUGCUGAAUUUGGUGAACCUCAGCGACGAGUUCACCAAGGUGACGGGAAGUGGCAACCUGGCAGACUUCAUCCCUUUCCUCCGAUACCUUCCUGAUAAAACUAUGAAGACGUUUGUUGCCAUCACUAUUCGCUUCAACGAGUUUGUGUCGAAGAUUGUCAGCGAGCACUACGCCACCUACAACAAGGAUAACAUCCGUGACAUCACAGACUCGCUGAUUGAUCACUGUGAGGACAGGAAGCUCGAUGAGAACGCCAACGUACAGAUGUCAGAUGAGAAGAUCGUUGGAAUUGUCAAUGACCUGUUUGGAGCCGGUUUUGACACCGUCACCACCGCCCUGUCCUGGUCUUUGAUGUAUUUGGUGGCUUACCCUGAGAUUGAGAAGAAGCUCUUUAAAGAACUGAAGGACAACGUGGGUCUGGAUCGCAGCCCACUUCUCGCUGACAGAGGAAAUUUACCCUAUAUGGAGUCCUUCAUACUGGAGAUGUUCCGCCAUUCUUCAUUCGUCCCCUUCACAAUCCCUCACUGCACAUCAAAAGACACGUCUCUAAACGGCUACUUUAUUCCCAAAGACACGUGUGUGUUCAUCAAUCAGUGGCAAGUCAACCAUGACCCUGAACUGUGGAAAGACCCUUCAGCCUUCAUCCCGGAGCGUUUCCUCAGUGCUGAUGGCAAAGAGGUCAAUAAGGUGGAGGGAGAGAAGGUGAUGGCGUUCAGCAUUGGGAAGCGGCGCUGCAUUGGGGAGGUCAUUGCACGAAAUGAGGUCUUCCUCUUUUUAGCAACCCUCAUCCAAAGGCUACACUUCCACGCCUUGCCUGGAGAGCCGCUCGACUUCACCCCCAAGUACGGUCUCACCAUGAAGUUCAAGCGCCAGCACCUGAAAGCCUCAAUGCGACAGAGGGAGAAGCUGUGAAGCUAUUUGUAAUGUGCAAUCUAUCACCCUGAGAGUGUAUCAGUUGACCUAUUCACUGUAAAAUUCACAGUAAUGUUUAGAGUCAGUGAGAGAAACAUCUUUCUCAGAAUGUAAAGGCACUGGAUGUCAGAUUGGAUCUUUAGCACCAAUGACGCUGAAGCCAAUUGAUGAAGUCUGCUCGUCGCAGAUUGUCAGAGAUGUCUGGGCUUGUGUCUAUUUCUGUUUUGGAGUUCCAAGAGAUGCUCCUGCACAUGGUUGGUGCUUCUCAGUAGAGCACAGGGAGACAGUUACUUUAUACUGCUGUGUUGUGCAUUCAUUCAGACUCCUCCCUUUCAGAUAUUCUAAAACACAGAAAGACUUUGCCUUGUUCCGUUUUGGGACGUACAACUUGUCGUACAGGAAGGACAUUACUACGUGGGACCCUGCUGCCUAUCUUUUGUUUUUCUCUGACACGGGACACUGAAGUAAUCGGUUAAUACGUUAUGAUACCAUUUGCAAGCUAAUUAUUUGUAUUCUACUAUGCUGUAAGACACUGAAGCUAUAUUUGUAUCCCCAAAUGUGAUUUUGUUGUGAAUAUGGACAUUUUUGUAUUUUAUAAAAGCCUUUUUAUGAUCAUAGCAUUUGUAAGGAUCUAUUAGAGGUGAAAUAGAUUUCUUUUCUUUUCUUUUUUUUUUUUUUUUUUUUGCAUUGAUCGAUCAGAACACCAAAAGAGUUGGAAUAAUUAUUAUUAUUAUUGCGUGUGUGUGAUAUAUUGCUGUCCAAAUUGUAUUAAGUUUACUAUUGUCUCAAUGGGUGUAUGUAUGCAUUGUAAUGCCAUGAGAGAGCAUCCUUUAAGCUGAAACAAAAUAAAUAAAAACAUGAACUAUUA